AUGAAGUCUGAGAAUAAAGUUAAACAUGUGAAGACAACCUCGACAACUGACACCAUGUGUGGCUACUACGGAAACUACUAUGGGGGCCGCGGCUAUGGAUGCUGUGGCUACGGAGGCCUGGGCUGUGGCUACGGCUCUUGCUAUGGCUGUGGUUUCCGCGGACUGGGCUGCGGCUAUGGCUGUGGCUAUGGCUGUGGCUAUGGAUGUGGCAGUGGCUAUGGCUCUGGCUUUGGAUGUGGCUAUGGAGGCCUGGGCUGUGGCUACAGAUAUGGCUCCCACUCUCUGUGUGGCUGUGGCUAUGGAUGUGGCAGUGGCAGUGGCUCUGGCUUUGGCUACUACUACUGA